AUGGCUUCCCCGGGAGAAUCGGAAAUCGUCCUGGUCGAUCCAGACGGCGACCUGAUUUUGGAAGUUGGCAAGGAACACGACCUCACGGAAAAUAACGUCAAAGGCUCGCAAAACAACGAGAGCGACUCGGACACAACCCAGCAGCAGACAAUCAAGCCAAAAGUCCUCCGAAUUCGCGUCUGCAGCAAGCUCAUGACCAUGUGUUCUCCCGUGUUCAAAGCCAUGCUGAAUGGACCUUUUCGUGAAGGCCGACUUCCACUGAAUGCUGCCGAACCACCGAUCCUGAAACUGCCGGACGACGAGCCGGUAGCUAUGGUAGAACUGUGCAAGAUCCUUCACCACAAGUGGGAUACUCAUGUAUUCCCUUUCUGCGCUCUAGCAACAGCAGUCGCAGCGGACAAAUACGGUUGCGCCACAAUCACAAGGUCAUGGUUCCGUCAUCAGUUCCUGUGGAAGAUGGCUACAGGAGGCGCUUACUCAAGACUGGGCCUUGCUCAGCUCGUUGUCAUAUCUUAUGUCUUGGACGACGUUGAAGCGUUUUAUUCCUUCUCCAUUCAAGCCUACAAGAGGUGGCGCACAAAAAAGGACGAGAACGACGCUUUCGUUUCUGAAAUCUCAAGCAGUCUUCCACACAAAGUUUCUGAGCUUCUCGAACAAGCCGCUGAAACUUAUCUUGAAAAACUAAUUACUAGCAACCGUGUGGUUAUAAGCGAGAUCUUCGGUGAUGGGUACAAGGGCAAUCCAGCAGGCAACUUAACCAUCUCCACUUUGGACGAGGAUGUAGACAUUCCCAAGGUCUGUCGUAAAGGAGCAGGAAUCGUGGCGCAGUACAUUCAAGUAUUGAUUGAGUUUGGUCUUUGGCUUCCGCAAAGAGGCGACGGACCACCUGCAUCUCUGGAAGAAGCCAUCUGUGUCGUUCGGCAGCUUGCCCAAGCACAUUUGGAAGACGAACAACCUCAAUGCAAGAACAAGGAUUGCCAGACGUGCAGAUUACCUUGGGAAGAGGCGAUCCAGGAAAUGAUCGACUGGUUUGAAAUGCGCCUACAUGGGCUAUGUCUCGUCUGCCUGAAGCGCGGGGAUCUGUCGGCAUCGAACAUAUUGACCAAGUGCGAAGAGCAUGACGCCCAACUCGCCAGGGGCGCGUUCGUGGACCGGCGCCGGGACACGCGAGAUUACACGACCUUGGAGGACUAG